AUGGUGGUUUAUAGGUGCCAGAAGGCCCCUAUCGGUCGAUUGACGCGUGAAAAAGACGUGUUUCUCUUGGGUGCUGAUUUUGAUGUCAAACCCAAUGUUGGACACUCUGAAGGUGCAUCUGGAAUCACGAGUGUGAUUCAAAGUGUGUUGGCAUUGGAGAAUCACACGAUUCCACCCAAUGUUCACUUCCACAAUCCGAAUCCCAACAUCCCGUUUGAACAGGCAAAGUUGAAGGUGGCCGUGGUGCCUACUCCGUGGCCAACAGACCGCAGCGAAAGAAUAAGCAUUAAUUCAUUUGGAAUUGGCGGAACGAAUGCUCAUGUUAUUCUUGAUUCCGCUUCUUCCCUGCAGCGGAAUGACAUAUCUACAGAUGUAGAUGACGGCCCGCAACUUCUGCUUGUCUCUGCAAAAUCAAAAGACUCAUUGGACGGUCAGAUCGAGAGUCUACGGACGUAUCUUGAGACAAAGCCAUUCUUGACUGACGUUGCAUAUACCUUGGGUCUGAGGCGAGAGCACAUGAACCAUCGGGCAUUUGCGCUCACUGAAGCCGAUGGGAAAGUCUCGUCCUUUGCAAGGUCCACGUCCGUCAAGGCACCCAUCAUUUUUACAUUUACCGGUCAAGGUGCCCAGUGGCCUGGAAUGGGCAGGGAAUUGAUCGAGAACGUCCAAGCCUUCCGGGAAGAUAUCCAGAUAAUGGAUCGAGUCCUGCAAGGGCUAGACAGCAAACCGUUGUGGUAUAUUGAAGACGAGCUUUUGAAAUGCGACGAUGAGAGUCGAGUGGCCGAAGCAGAAUUCGCACAGCCCCUCUGCACGGCCGUUCAGAUCGCUCUUGUUAACCUUCUUCGGACUUGGGGAACCGCACCUGAUGCAGUAGUAGGCCAUUCCAGCGGAGAGAUUGCAGCCGCUUAUGCGUCGGGUGCAUUAUCCGCCGAGGUGGCCAUUCUCAUCGCCUAUUUCCGUGGUCAGGCAAUGAAGAAUCUGUCUGAUCGUCCGGGUGGUAUGGCAGCUGUUGGCCUUGGCUCUGAAAAGGCACGACGGUUCCUGAAGCCGGGUGUCGUCAUUGGCUGCGAUAAUAGCCCGGAUAGCAUCACGCUUUCAGGCGACAGUGAUGUCCUCGCGGAGAUUUUGGAUGAUAUCCACGCCGACGACCAGGAUACGUUUUGCCGAAAGCUCGCCGUCAAUGUGGCGUAUCACUCGCACCACAUGGUUGAAGCCGGGGAUGCAUAUGAGAAGAUGGUCUCUCCCCAUUUCUCGCACCAACUAUCCAUGGUCCCAAUGUACUCGACUGUUUCUGGGACAAUCGUAUCAGAUCCCUCGAUUCUGAGUCCCGGUUACUGGCGCAGAAACCUACAAUCGCCCGUCCUGUUCCAUACGGCAAUCGAAAGAAUCCUCAAAGACGACGAACGGUCAAAGCUCUUCCUGGAGAUCGGACCCCAUUCAGUGCUAUCCGGCCCUAUUCGGCAGUCAAUCGCAAAGGCAAAUACCAAAGAGCACCGAUAUAUCCCGACCAUCGUUAGAGGGAAAGAUGUAUGGAGAAGUAUUCUGGCCACAGCUGGGAGCCUCUACACGCACGGUGCAUCGAUUAGUCUUCAUUCCCUCCUUCCACAAGGCAAGGUCGUGACAGAAAUCCCCUCGUAUUCGUGGCAGCACAGCGAGAUAUAUUGGGAUGAGCCUCGUAUCGUUCAUGACUGGAGACAUCGCCAACAUCCUCAUCACGAGCUGCUGGGCUCUCGGACACUAGAGUCCAACCAUUUGGAGCCAUCGUGGCGAAACGUUUUGAAACUGGAAAAUGUCCUGUGGUUGAUGGACCACAAACUGGGCACGGAUAUUGUCUUUCCCGGUGCUGGUUAUGUGGCCAUGGCAGGUGAAGCUGUGCGGCAAGUAACUGGCUCAACAGACUACUCUCUGAGAAACGUCUUCAUCCGGAAUGCACUGAUUCUUGACGGCACUGCAGAGAUCAUGACGAGUCUGCGACCCGCGAAGCUCACAGAUCAAGUCGACUCCAUAUGGUUUGACUUUACCAUUUCAACCUAUCAAAACGGAAAAUGGAAAAAACAUGUCGUGGGCCAGGCUCGCGAGGGGCCUGACCAGGAACAUGACGUCCCCUCCAGACAGGCCUAUUCUCGACAGGUUGACUCGGACAAAUGGUAUCGUGCGCUGAAAAAACGCGGGUUGGACUAUGGCCCCCAUUUCAGAGGACUGGAACAGAUCACAGCAAGCCCGACGACUCAACAUGCUUCCGCGGUGUUGCAUAGCAGUGAACCGCCGCAGAGCAGUUACUAUGCCCUUCAUCCAACCGCCAUUGACGAGUGCUUGCAACUGUUUAUUGCAGCCGCGACACAAGGCAUCUCGCGGCGAAUGACACGGAUGUGUAUCCCGACUGCGAUUGAGUCUCUAUACGUCAGUGAAGGCCGUGGGCCACUGGACCUGAAUGUUUCCUGCGAGACCAUUGGUGGUACCAUGGAAGUCAUGUCAACGCUCUUCUCAAACAACCGUGUUUCCCUUCGUCUGGAAAAGGGGGUUUUCUUCAGCGUUCACGAUCCAGAAGCAGAUGACUCGAAUACGCUGCUGGCAUCGAAUGUCCAUUGGACGCCGCAUAUCGACUAUAUCCCCUUUGAAGAACAGCUCCCGCCUCAUGAAUCGAUUUUCAACGGUCACACAGUGGCCAGGGCAACGAGUUUAUAUCUGGCAGAAGCAUAUCGUCUCACAAGGCAGUCGACACCGACUUCGGAUCAUCUCAAGAGAUACCACACCUGGAUCAAAGUUCAGUAUCGGAAAAUCCAGGAAAAGUCGCCUGACCUGGUUCCGGAGAUGAGGGAAGAGGAUGUUUCAGUACUCGGCCUCCACGGUCCCUAUGCCGAUGCGUUGCGCAAGGAAAUACGCGAAUUGGAUCCCACGCUCAUAUUUACUCACCAACUCGCUGAGAGACUCUGCUAUGCGCUGCACGACGUGUUGGAGGGUCGCACUAAUCCUCUCGAACUUCUCAUGCAGGAUGAUGGGAUGAAACAUUUCUUUAUCGCCAUGGCUGCGAUUUCACCCUGUGGAGACUUCCUCACACUACUGGGUAACUCCAAGCCAACGCUUCGCAUCCUCGAGAUCGGCGCUGGAACGGGUGGAUUGACAUCCAUUGCCCUCAAGGCGCUCAGCCCAGACAGUGGCCGGCUUUACUCACGGUACACGUUCACGGACAUAUCGGCGGGCUUUAUAGCAGAUGCCCAAGAGCGAUUUCAAGAGUAUGAUGCCAUUGAAUACGCAACCCUUGAUGUCACUCGCGAUCCAGAAGCGCAGGGCUAUGUUCCGGAGAGCUAUGACCUGAUCCUGGCUGGUAAUGUGCUCCAUGCGACGCCUCAAAUAUCCAGCACACUGCAGAACGUCCGCAAGCUUCUGGCCCCCGGUGGUCGGCUACUCAUGCAGGAGCUCAGUGGAGAUGUCCCCUUGAUCAAUUUCCUAAUGGGAGUCUUACCGGGAUGGUGGCUCGGAGAGAAUGACGGUCGCAGAGACAGCCCGGCAUUGUCUGUUGAGAGAUGGCAUGAGGAGUUGAUCAAGGCCAACUUCACCGGUGUCGACGCCGUGCGAUAUGCCAAUGACAGACCAUUGAGCCAGACAGCGGUGCUCCUUUCGGGAGCCAAAUCCGCCGAUAUGGAUACAAAAGGAGGGCAGAUCGGACUGCUCUAUCUGUCACAUAUCUCGGAAUGGGGCCGUCAGCUGGAGAACGCACUUUCCCUUGCAGGCUAUACGGUGACGUGGUACACAUUGCAGGAGACGCCUCCGUCUGGGUCUGAUGUGAUUUCUCUCAUUGACCUGGAAGGACCAUUCUUCGAGCAUCUGUCGGCCGAUGAAUUCGGCUUGUUUCAAAGCUACGUAUCCAAACUAGCCGGCAGUCAUAUUCUUUGGACCACAAGGAGUGUCCAAGUCACCUGUGAAGAUCCUCGUUUUGCAUUGGCAUUGGGAAUGGCACGGACGCUCCGAUCAGAACUGGGCCAUAAGUUUGCCACUGUGGAAAUUGACCGGUUUGAUGCCAUCGCCGUGGCCUCUGUGCUCAAGCUUUUGCACACUUUGAGGGUUCAAUCCCAUCGGUCCUGGCUGGAUUCGGAUUAUGAGUAUGCCCUCCAAGAUGGGAAGAUUCUUUUGUCUAGGAAUCAAUGGUCUUCGUUGGAUCAGCAACUGGCUAGCGUGCCACACCCAUCGGCACCACGGUCAUUGGAUAUCAAAUUCAAUGGGAUUUUCGAUUCGUUACGGUGGUCCAUGUCCAGGUCGCCAAUCUCACCGUCUGAGUUGAAAGAAGAUGAAGUUGAAGUGGAGAUGAAAUAUGUUGGGCUGAAUUUCCGGGACAUGAUGAUCACCAUGGGAUUCCUGGGAGAUACUGACCAGUUGGGAUUCGAAGGCAGCGGGAUUGUUCGCCGCGUUGGUUUGUCUGUGGAGCAUGUCAGAGUCGGUGAUAAAGUUGCUUUCCUCUAUGAUGGUCUCUUCAGCACUCGAGUAGUGGUCCCAGCCCUUCUUUGCCACACUGUCCCUGAGGAAAUGUCUCUUGAAGAUGCCGCGGGCAACUCAGUUAUUUUCGCGACGGCCAUAUAUUGCCUGAUCACGGUUGGAAACCUGCAAAAAGACCAAUCUGUGCUUAUCCAUUCCGCGUGUGGAGGUGUUGGCCUGGCUGCAAUCCAGGUCUGUCGAAUGAUCGGGGCAAAGAUAUAUACCACGGUUGGGACGAGUGAGAAGGUCCGCCAUCUCACCGAUGUUAUGAAAAUCCCAGCAGAUCGUAUCUUUGAUUCCAGAAGCACAUCAUUCCUACAAGGCGUGCUCAGGGAAACAAAUGGACGCGGGGUUGAUUUGGUGCUGAACUCUCUGUCCGGCGAACUGCUCCAUGCGUCGUGGAAAUGCGUUGCCAGAUUCGGCAAGAUGGUCGAAAUCGGAAAGCGAGACUUUCUGGGCCACGGUAAGCUGGACAUGGAUGUCUUCCUCAACAACCGUUCCUUCUGCAGCGUGGAUCUCAGAAUGCUAGCGUUUGCGUAUCCAAUGGUACUUCGGGGCCUGGUGGACCAGUUCGGAGAGUACUUCAAGCAGGGGAAAUUGACGCCCAUCAGACCCGUGACGGUUUUCGACGCUUGCAAUGUUGUCAAAGCUUUCCGCCAUAUGCAGACGGGCCAGCAUAUGGGCAAGAUUGUGGUUCGAAUGCCAGACGAUCCGGAAAGUCUGCCAAUAACCAAGAUACACGACACCACUCCCAUCUUCAGGUCGGACGCCUCGUACCUUUUGAUCGGUGGGCUCGGAGGACUAGGUCGAGCCAUCAGUACCUGGAUGGUGGAAAAGGGCGCCCGCCAUUUCAUCUUUCUGUCUCGGUCCGGGGCUGAAUCCCCUGAUGCACAGGCCUUCAUCGACGACUUGGAAAGCCACAAUAUGGUCAGCGCGAUGGUGGUGACUGGUGAUGUCGCCAACAAUGGAGACGUCCAGCGGGCUCUUUCCGCAGCAAAAUACCCCAUCGCAGGCGUUCUCCAGAUGUCCAUGGUGCUCAAGGAUCAGAUGUUCUCUAAAAUGACCUUCGAGGAAUGGACAGCCGCCCUGAUUCCCAAGGUGCAAGGAACAUGGAAUCUCCAUUAUGAGCUUCAAAGCACGCCACUCGACUUCUUUGUUCUUUUCAGUUCGAUCACGGGUAUCAUGGGAUUUGGCAGCCAGGCCAAUUACGCUGCAGCCAACACUUUCCUCGACUCCUUUGUAAAAUAUCGUCACUCCAAGCAGCUGCCGGCAAGUGUACUUGAUAUUGGGUUUAUGGGAGACAUUGGUUACGCAGCGGAGCAAAGCCCGCAAACAUUGAAAGUCGUCACUACCAUGGAUGGCCAGAUACUCGAAGAAAAACAUCUGCUUCAAGCGUUGGAAAUCUCCGUCUUGUCUCAAUUCCCUCACCCUUCAUCGCAAAUCAUUAUGGGCAUGGGAACAGUAAACGCGGUUACGGACCCUUUGAUGCCGGAAGGUCGUUUCAGCCGUUGGCGGAAUGCUACUGUAAGCGCCAAAGCAACAACUGUCCCUCGAUCUCACGAACUGCGCUCGCUUCUGGACGAGGUUCAGCUCAAUCCGAAACUGCUGGAUGAGCAGUCCACUCUUGACAAAAUCACCGUCGAGCUGGGUAAGGUCGUCGCUGCUCAUCUUGCCUAUGCGGAGGACCUGAGCAAGGAGGAACUCGCGAAUAUUGUCAUCGAUUCCUUGAUGGGCAUUGAAAUCCGCAGUUGGUUCCGCCGUAACGCGGCGAUCGAUAUUUCUCUGGUUGAGAUAUCAAAUGCUGGUACCGUUGGAGGCCUUGCCGUCGUUGCAGUCAAGACAUUGCGCAAGAAAUACUUGGAUGGAGAAGACGCUCCCAGCUCAGACGCCCUGCCAUCAUCGGCUGAACCGGAUGAAUUGGCAAUUUGCUUAGAGGACAUGAAGCUGGGCAGCGACUUGCGACCUCUUCCUGGACCUAUCCCGGACUGGUGUUCUGAAUCCGAGGGGAGAAUCUUCCUGACGGGUGCAACAGGCUUUGUAGGCGCCUUUUUCCUCAUCGAUCUUCUGGCUCUCCCGCACGUGCAGAGCGUCACGUGUCUGGUUCGAACGACAGACCCCGAGUCCGGCAAGCGGCGGAUCGAAAAGACACUGGCCCGAUACGGCCUGCCCCUGGAUGGGCUGGGCAAGGUGACUGUGGUCCCGGGCAAUAUCGCCUAUCCGAACUUAGGAAUGUCCAAGGAAGACUUUGACCAUCACGCACAGACAGCGAGUGUUGUCUUCCACCUUGCAGCCCACGUCGACUACACCCUUCCCUACUCUGCUCAUCGUGAAGCCAAUAUCACUGGACUCCUCAAUGUGUUGGAAUUUGUCAAUGCCGGCCGUCUCAAGGCUUUGAAUUACUGGUCUAGUAUUUCCGCGUGCGGUACCUCCGCUCAUUUAUCUGGUGUUACUAUCCCAGAGGACGAAAGGGCCGUGCUGGAGCGCAAGUUCUUCGAGUUGCACGUUGGAUAUACCAGAAGCAAGCUCGUUGCAGAAAGCAUUGUGUGGAAUGCCAUUGCCAAUGGCUUCCCUAUCUCCAUCUAUCGCCCAGGAAUCGUCAUGGGCCACAGCGGCACAGGUGUCGACAAGCCCGAAGACCUGCUAAGUCGCCUCAUGACCAACUGCAUCCAACUCGGCGCUUUCCCAACCCCACCCCAGCAACGCAACCACAUCGUCCCAGUCGACUACGUAUGCGCAGCAAUCCUUCACAUCUCGCAGUCUCCAGCCAAUCACGGCCACGCCUUCAAUGUCGUCCCCCCAGAUCAAGCCGAAACCAUCACAAUGGCGCAUACCUUUGAGAUCCUAAGCGCCUGCUGCUCCACUCCCCUCCGAGCGGUCUCUUCAGCCGAGUGGCUGCAGCUGUUCAGGGAACGAGGCAAGCAGGGCAUGAAAGUGGCGACUCCAAUGCUCCAAGAACGACUGGCGGACAGCCUCAUCUGGUGGGAUACCACGGGCGGAACAGCCACGUAUGAAACUGCAAAUCUGCGCCGCGCGUUGGCGGACUCGCCUGAUAUUCUGAAUGUCAAGCCUAUGCCGGAGCUGCUCCGGACAUAUUUUGGCCAUUGGGAGGCUGUAGCUGUGGAUACGAAUGACACUGUCUGAGGAUAUAAUACUGUGAGGGUUCGGUCUGUCGUAGAAAAUAGCAUUUAUUCAUGUACAAUAGAAUUUUCGGUCAAUAUUUAUCGAUCUAAUGUUUCAGUAUUGAGAUGGAUAAUGUUGACGAUAGUCGAGUGCCAGAAUAUGUUUCUGCAAUGAUGAAAUAAAUUCUCU